AUGCUAAAGCUCCAGGCUUUCCUGCGUAAACGUUUCCAUUUUCUGUUCCACAAAACAAUUAUCAGACUCAAAUUCAAUAAAAAGUAAGACAAACCCUUUUCUUUCUCCUUCACUCUCUCCGUGAAAGUUCCAAAAUCACAUGAAUUUAUGAAUUUGUGGUCGCUUGGGUCUCUUUCCUUAAUGGCACCCCACAAAUAGCAUAGUUUACAUAUAUAUGCCAUUGAAAAGAAAAAAAUUCGGAGCUCAAAAAUCUAGCCUUGGAAGCUUUUGAGGGUUUAUCGGAGAAAGCAACAAAUGCAUUUGAGCUUGACGAAGCUCCUCUCUUCUUCUUGAUUUCUUCAGUCGUUUUACUAUGCUUAUGCUGGACUCUAUCAGAUUUUCUCAUUUUCCGAAGGGACAUGAUAUCACCAAACAAACAAGCCCCAUUAGGGCAUGCUCAUAUGAGAUCUCACAUCUUUGUUUACAUGGUUGUAGAGCUUCAUAUACUUCAAAGCAGCAAAUGUAUGUACCUUCACGUGGCUUAAGUUAUAGGACAAGUGGCUUCUUUGUUUCAGGAAAUGUCUCUGAAGACAGAAUUUUGUUGACAUCUUUAGCGUCUGGUUGGAGAGGAUUCUAUCUUCCCAAACACAAAAUAGGCCGUCUGGAAAGAUCUCGAAUUUAUUCAUCAGUAGAUGUUGCUACUGCUUUAGACGUCAUCAAUGAUUUAGGAUUGGAUACUUUGACGUUCUUAGCAGUCACUGUUGUGGUUGUUCCUGUGUUCAAGAUUAUUAGAGCCAGCCCUAUACUUGGUUUCUUCUUUGCUGGAAUUGUGCUCAAUCAAUUUGGUUUCAUUAGAAAUCUGACAGAUGUGAAAGUUCUAUCUGAAUGGGGAAUCCUCUUUUUGCUGUUUGAGAUGGGCUUGGAGCUUUCACUUGCACGUCUAAAAGCUCUUGCAAAAUUUGCAUUUGGCAUGGGAUUAACUCAGGUUGUAUUAUCCACUCUUGCUUUCACAGCAUUCGAACUUCCACCUAAUGGGGCAAUUGGCACUCGAAUUUUGGAGUUCCUUUUCCACUCCAGGUCUGAUUUGGUCAACAUCAGAAGCAUUGAUGAGGCCGUUGUGAUUGGUGCUGCUCUUUCUCUGUCUUCUUCCGCAUUUGUCCUGCAGCUUCUUGCAGAGAAAGGUGAGCUCCCAACAAGAUUUGGCUCAGCAACUCUAGGGAUUCUUCUUCUGCAGGACAUAGCAGUUGUUCCUCUCUUAGUCAUACUUCCUGUGCUAGAGAGCCAGAAUCUGGUUGAGGGAAGUAUCUGGCCAAUGCUUGCUAAAGAAAGUUUAAAGGCUUUAGGUGGAUUGGGAUUGCUUUCUCUUGGGGGAAAAUAUAUUCUUAGACGAGUUUUUGAGGUUGUUGCAGAAGCAAGGAGCUCAGAAGCCUUUGUUGCUCUUUGUUUGCUAACAGUUAGUGGGACUUCACUUAUCACACAGAAGUUGGGCUUUAGUGACACGCUUGGAGCAUUUUUAGCUGGGGCAUUGCUGGCAGAAACAAAUUUUCGGACACAGAUUGAAGCUGAUAUAAGGCCAUUUAGGGGGUUACUUCUUGGGUUAUUUUUUGUGACUACAGGGACUUCUAUUGAUAUGCAGCUUCUGUUCCGAGAGUGGCCAAAUGUACUCUCACUGUUGGCUGGUUUAAUCAUCAUCAAGACACUGAUAAUAAGCACAAUAGGUCCCCGUGUUGGACUCACUAUGCGAGAAAGUGUAAGAAUAGGAUUUCUACUCUCACAAGGUGGCGAGUUUGCAUUUGUAGUUUUUUCUCUAGCAAACAGGCUUGGUGUGCUGCCACUUGAGCUUAACAAGCUGCUCAUAAUUGUAGUUGUUUUGUCAAUGGCAUUAACUCCAUUUCUCAAUGAAGCUGGAAGAAGAGCUGCCGAUUUUAUUGAUGUAAAAUUUGAUGAAGAUAAAACUGCUGAGAUGGUGAACUUUGAUGCUAGUGAACCUGUUGUGAUCCUUGGUUUUGGACAAAUGGGUCAGGUCUUGGCCAACUUCUUGUCUGUUCAGUUAGCUACUGGUGUGGAUGCAGAAGUUGUAUGGCCUUAUGUGGCUUUUGAUUUGAACCCUUCUGUAGUGAAGGCUUCUCGGAAACUUGGUUUUCCAACCCUGUAUGGGGAUGGAUCACGUCCAGCUGUACUGCAAACUGCUGGUAUAUCUUCUCCAAAGGCUUUCAUGAUCAUGUAUACCGGAAGGAAGAGGACGAUUGAUGCCGUUCAAAGGCUCCGACUUGCUUUCCCUGCGAUCCCAAUUUAUGCCAGAGCUGAAGAUCUCAUGCAUCUUUUAGAUCUGAAGAAAGCAGGGGCAACUGAUGCUAUUCUAGAAAAUGCUGAGACAAGUUUACAGCUCGGUUCCAAGCUUUUGAAGAGUCUCGGUAUCAUGUCUGAUGAUGUAGACUUUUUGAGUCAGCUUGUUCGAGACUCCAUGGAGUUGCAAGCUCAAGAAGCACUCGGCAAAACUGACGAUCGAGAAUUUGAUGUUAUGAAACCAUUGCAGGUAAGAGUGGCUGAUUCUCUUGGGGCCCAGGCAUCCACUCCACCAAGCUCACCUGAAGAUGAACUACCAAAAAGCAAGCAGGCAGAUGGAAUUUGCGUCUUGCAGUCGCAGGGGAAAGCUAAUGGUUCAGUGCAUGAUAUGGAGCUGCAACAAUCAGAGGAUCUACAGGGCAGGGGGGUUCUAUACUGUGAACUAGGCACAGAAAAUAGCAUUACGGUUAAUACUGAAGAUGAGGAAAAUAUGAUGGACCCAUCAGCACUUGCAUGAGGAACCACGAAAUGUAUGGAACUUCAGUCUGCAUUCAUCUUCCUAAGAAUAUUUGCUCCUGCAGCUUCAAUGAAGUUCAGUUAAGGUUUUAGAAAGCGACCAAUUUUGUUGCUUGGAUUAAACAGUAGGGAUGAAACAUUGAGAAAGGUUAGCUGGAUUAGUUGUUUUAGCAGAAAUCUAAUGCUCCAUACAAGUUUCCUAUUAUUUUGAAACCACACUGUAUAUUUUUUUGUACUGAAUGUGAUUAGCAAUGAAAGAAAGGAAUUCUUGGUUUCUUGUACAA